GAUUUGUCGACCCAAGAAAAACGGAUAUCUUUACUCAAGUAUGAACCAAAUCCAGAUACGGCAAGUACUUCGACUCACGGAAGCCAGGACAAUCGGUGUAUUUCCAGCCGAUCAGAUUCCCAAACGGUGGACAAAACCAGCUGCGGUUGUUGCUAAUACCGAUGGACACAAACAGCCUGGUACUCAUUCGGUCGCCAUGUACGUCGGAAGCAACGGCGGGGUACCUAUUUUGACAGCUACGGGGUACCGCCUCUUGUACCUGAACAUCUUCUUCGUUUACGGGGAAAUUGUUUCUUCUACAGAUGGAAUACAAAAAUACUACAAAGUGCGCCUUCGGAUGUGUGUGGCCAAUACUGUAUUAUGUUUCUUUAUUACAUGUGUAAUAAUUAUUCUUUGUGUGACUUUACUGAUUUCUUGACGAAUAACCUAGAAGAAAAUGACAAUAUUGUGCGUCAAUUUUACAAAAAAGUGUUAAAGAAAAAUAAAAGGAAGAAAAACUCUUCUCCAAAUACGAAACGACAAAUAAGUGGUC